AGUGCAUCUUUGUGGCCUUGGGGACGAGUGUGGGCAAGGCGGUGCAAGCGAAUCAGGACUCACUGGGUCUUUACAGGGUCUGCGAGGCGUACGCCCGGCAUCAACGUCGAGGGAAAGAUGGGGAUGUGAGGAGUGAAGGGUAGGGCUUAGCGUGGGUGGGUAGUCUGUUCUCGUCCGGGUCGGAGGAGAGACUAGGUCGACGGGUGUCGUGGCCGGCGGGUAGGGAGAGUCGGGCGUGGGUUUUUUAUGGGCAGGAUCUUGACGUAGCCAUCUCAAAGGAGAUCAGAUGGUUUCUGCGAGAUGCGGCUCUGGGCGUGAUUGGCAUCUUGUCGCUCCUCGGCUCUUCACACCUACCGACCGCUUGCAUCUCAAGUCGCCCAUGGCGGGCAACCCUCGAGCAACGGCUCGCCUCGCCGUCAACGACGCUGAGUUGAUUGGGCCGGUAGCUUGCAGAUGACGGCUGUCUGCACAAGUGGGGUGACGCCUCUGAACAGCCGAACACCCUUUUCCCACUGCAUGGCCGACCGCUCCCGUGCCACUACGAAUUGCCCUUUUGUAUGGCGCUUUGUCGGUGAACCCGCUGGGUUGUUCCGGAUGAAGAGUCAUCUGAAUUGGCUUGGCCUACGCCAAGAUAGUGCACGUUUGGGUGUCUGCACUGUGGCCAUGUGUUUGGAGGAGAGUAAUUGACUCUGUUAGUCCUAAUCCGGCUAUGUAGAGUACACAUGUGCAUCCAUGGCUGCGGCACAGCAGAUCAGAGCCACUUACUGAAGCAUGGUCAGUAAAGUACUGUAGGCCAGCUGGGACACGAGUGUAUGCUGUCAUCACAUACUAUCACCGUACAUACAACGUAUAUAUUUACACUUU